UAAAGGCACAUUAGGCACAGUGCUUAAAAAAUUAAGAGUUAUUUGCUAACAUUGUUGUGUGUUGUGUUGUGUACGAGUGAACUUUAAACCGUAGGUAAGUACGUAAACUAAACAUUAUUUUGUGUUUUAGGUUAUUACGAUAGAUUUUGCGACGACUUUUAAAGCUUUUUAUUUAACGAUAGGUGGGUUGGGUACUAAUAUUAAAUGAAUGAAAGUAAAUGACUUAUUUGAACUUUAUGCCUACUAGUUAAAAAUCAUAUUCAAAUGGCAGUAGCGAUAUUAGUAAUAGUAGUAAUGGUGGAGACUAUUUGGAAAUUAAUUUAAAUAUGAAAACUAAAUACUGUUUUCGUGGGUUCGUGUUCGUUCAACAAAGUUCGUGUUGCUUUGGAUCUAGAAAUUGUUGUUAUUUUAUUUGAUAUGAAUUGUUAAAAAGGCAAGAACAUCAGAAAAUUACUUAGUUGACUUACUUUUUACUUCGUUGAUUUGAUUUGAUUUCCUUUUGUUUAAUGUUUGAUAUUUAAAAUGAAAAUUUUAUUUUUCAAAAGAUACCUACUACCUUGUUACAGGUACAUUUUGCAUUUGCAAUGCCUAAAGUAAUAAACCCUAUUUGGGAGUAUUUUGAAAAAAAAAAUUCACAACCAUCUAAGGCAGAAUGCAAGCUCUGCAGGAAAACAGUGUCUCUGGGAAGUUUGCAACCUAAGCUUCAAACUAUUAAAGGGUUAAAACUACAUUUAUCGAAAUAUCAUUUGACAGAAAACGAACAUUUUUUAAUACAAAUAGAUGACCUGAAAAACCAAGCAGCUGAAAAGCAAAAUAAUUUAAAAUCAGCGGGCCCUGUACUUCUUGAAACAGACAAGAAGACUCAACCUACGAUGCAGCAAUUGCUGGCGAAUCCGCCAAAAGCCCAAUGGCCCCAUGACCAUGACAUAACAAAACGCAUAGAUAAGGCUAUCAUGGAUUAUAUAUUAGUUGACAUGCAGCCUUAUAACACUGUGUCAGGAAAAGGAUUUAAGCGCUUAAAUUUUGCGGACCCUGCAGGACCAAAAAAAUAUAAAUUGAAAUCUGAAAAAUUUUUUCGCACCCAACUAAUGCCGGAAACUUUUGAAAAAGUUAAAACUAAAGUAGUCAAUUUGCUAUGUGAGGCCGAGUGGAUAAGUUUUACUACAGACAUUUGGUCAAAUCCUACUAAAACUUGUUCACUUCUGAGUUUUACGGCCCAUUUUGUGCACAAUGAACAACGACCAAAAGUAAUCUUGGGUGCAUCAGUUUUAGAAAAUGACCACACGGGCGACUAUAUCUCCGAGAAACUGAAAGAAGUAGUCGAAGAUUAUAAUAUAGGCUCUAAAAUCCACCUUGCUCUUCGCGAUAAUGCUGGGAACAUGGCCCGUGCUACAAGGGUUGCGGAGUACGAUUCGUUGGGCUGUGUGUCUCAGACACUACAACUGGUGAUUCAUGACGCAAUUUUAUCGGUGCCAAACAUAAUAACAAUACUAAAAAAGUGUCGUAAAGUAGUCGGACACUUUCAUAGAAGUGAGCAGGCACGGAGGUAUUUAAAUACUUUCCAAAAAACUUUAAAUUUACCAGAACACACCCUAUUCCAAGACGUGGAAACACGUUGGAACAGCACGUACUUAAUGUUGUCACGGUUGAUUGAGCAAAAAAAUGCGAUUAAUCUAUACCGUGUCGAAAGGGGCUCAAUCAAUGAAAUUAAUAACGAAGAAUGGACGACGAUGCAAGAUGCUGUCAGUGUAUUGGAAUGUUUUUAUGAGGCCACAUUAGACAUGUCGUCAGAUGCAUCAUGUGUCUCCUUGGUGAUACCUUUAGUAGCCAUGUUAAGUGGAAAACUUGCGUCAACUAGCGGGCAAAGUCAGUUUGUAGCGUCGGCAGAUACUGCAAUGUCAGCAGAUAUAGAAAACAAUGAAAGUGAUGCUCUUCAAAAUUGUGCUGCUGCUGAGAUGAAAAGCAAGUUGUUGUGCUCACUCAAUCAUCGCUUUUCAUUCAUACGAACAUCGAGCCCCUUAAUUUGUGCAACAUUGUUGGAUCCCCGAUUCAAAACAAAAUAUUUGACCGAAAACGAGGUAAACGGAGCCAAGACUAAAAUUUUUGAAGUUUUACAAUUAGGUACACCGGCAGGACUUGGAGAGCGUCAGGGUGGAGCGUCAACUUCAGUUAGAUCCGUCAAUGAGACAAGUUUGUGGGCAGCUCACGACUCCAUCGAGUCUGAUGACGACCCAAUGACGGACAACUCACUUGAAUCGUCACUUGACAAUUAUCUGAGAGAGCCAAGGCUGCAUAGGAAUGCAAAUAUCUACGAAUACUGGCAUUCAUCGCCUUACCAACUCCUGCGCCCUGCAGCAAAAAAAAUUUUGUCGGCUCCACCAACAAGUGUGGCUAGCGAACAGCUUUUUAGCAGGGCUGGUCAAUUGUACGACGAGCGGCGUCACAAUUUAACUGGCCACAACGCUGAAAAGUUAUUGUUUUUGUGCUAUAAUAUAGAACUAUUUAAUUUUGAUUAUUAAUGUCUUUUCGUCGUCUUUUAUCAGACCCACUUGCACCAACCAGAGUUAAAAAAAUAAAUGGUAAACCUCGCAUUUACUUUUCAGUUUCGUACAUGGCGUGAUGAAUCCUAAGUUAGCUGUUUAAUUUUUUAACCCUGGUUAGCGCAAGUGGGCCCGAGAAGAGUUUUGUAUGUUUUUAGUCAGUAUUUAUGAAAAUACAGUUUUUUUUUGCAAAAUACGUAUU